AAUCAAAGGCGAAUUAACACCAAACCUCUUGGUAAUCAUAGAUCAAAUAAGUAGAAAUUUUUAUUGUUUGUGAAUGUUACUUUUAGAUUUUUGUUGAACCAAGAGUCAAAAAAAGUUUAACAUAAAUAUGAAGACCGUUGAAAGUAUCAUACUAUCGUCAGCGUUACUUUUCAUUAGUCUUCAACUGAUUGAGGCAGCCAAUCCAUUUGACUACGUCUUUAAAAGAGCUGCCGAGGAAAAUCAAAGAGAUAGAGAAAAAAGACAAUAUGUUCCAAAAGAUAACUCCAUUUUUGAUUUUAUCAUUGUGGGUGGAGGCUCAGCAGGAUGUUUGUUAGCCAAUCGACUUUCAGAGAAUCCCAGAUGGAGUGUUUUAUUGAUAGAAGCUGGUGGCAAUGAAAAUAUCGUUCAUGACAUGCCAAUUCUGGCACCCAAUUUACAAAAAACUGAUUCCGAUUGGCAAUACCAAACUACACCUCAGGAAAAUGCUUGUUUUGGAAUGCGUGAUAGAAAAUGUUCCCUUCCUCAUGGCAAGGUACUUGGAGGAUCCAGUUCCAUAAACUAUUUGUAUUAUACUCGGGGAAAUAUGCGAGAUUACUAUAAUUGGGCUGCACUAGGAAACUAUGGAUGGUCUUUCCCAGAGGUUUUUCACUACUACAUGAAAUCAGAAGGGGCUUAUUUGAAAGGUUUAGAACAGUCUCCGUGGCACAAUCGAACUGGGGAAUUGAGUGUAGAGUUUGUCGAGUUCAGAAGUGAAAUAGCAAAGUAUUUUGUGAAGGGCGCCCAAGAUGCAGGACUAAAGUCUGUAGAUUAUAAUGGUUAUUCGCAAUUAGGUGUUUCCUUUGCCCAAGCAACUACACGAAAUGGACACAGAGCUAGCUCAUCCAAAUCGUUUAUUGAGCCUAUUCGGUACUCAAGGAAGAACCUUCAUGUGAUCAACUAUUCGACAGUAAUAAAGAUCAUUAUUGAUCCCAUAACUUUGACAGCUUUAGGAGUCGAGCAUGUUUAUAAGGGCAAAGUGUAUUCUGUUCAUUCUAGAAAGGAAACAAUAUUAUCUGCGGGAGCACUGCAUUCUCCUCAGUUACUUAUGCUCUCCGGUAUUGGACCGGGAGAGAAUCUUCAACGUGUUGGAAUAUCACAACUUGUUGAACUUCCUGUUGGCCAAGUUCUUUAUGAUCAAGUUACACAUUUUGGACCUGUUUUCACAACAAAUACCACUGGAUCGACACUGUUUGGAAAUACUAUCACUCAGAAAGAUUUGGAUCAAUAUUUUGCCGGAAGUGCUGGGACCAGGAUUUCCUCCACUGCAGGAUUUGAAACAUUGGCAUUUUUCCGAACUCGAAACUCACGAACACCGACAGAUGUACCGAAUAUCGAAAUAGCCAUGGGUGCAGUUGGUUUGGCAAGUGAUGGUGGAACGACUUUCAAAACAGCUGCAAACUUUCGAGAUGAUGUUUACCAAAAGGCUUUUAGCGAACUAGAAAAUCGUGACCAUUUUACAACCAUUCCUGUGCUUUUGUAUCCAAAAUCUAAAGGAAGUCUUCGGUUAAGAGAUCGAAAUCCAUUUAGCCCUCCAGAAAUAAAUCCAAACUAUUUGAAGGAACAAGAAGAUGUUGAGUUUCUCUUGGAAGGUAUAAAAGAGGCAAUUCGAAUUGCAGAAACACCUUCAAUGCAAAAGAUCAAUGCAACGUUGUGGAAGAGGAAUGUUCCAGGAUGUGAACAUUUGAAAUUCGGUACCGAUGAAUAUUGGAGAUGUUCAAUUAGAGUGUUAUCUUACAACUUUUAUCAUUAUAUUGGAACGUGCAGAAUGGGACCACACACAGAUCCAAUGGCAGUUGUAAGUCCGGAACUGAAGGUUCGUGGUGUGAGAAGACUGAGAGUUGUUGAUAAUAGUGUUGUGCCGACAAUGCCAGCAGGACAUACAGCUGCUGUUGCACUUAUGAUUGCCGAAAAAGCAGCUGAUUUAAUUAAACAAGAAUGGGAGCAAAAUUAUAAAAUAAAUAUAAAUACAUAAAUGAUUUAAAUAAAUGACGCGCGUCAGUUUUCAAAAAGUGACGCGCCUCAGUUUUUUAAAAGUUUUGAAAAGU